CCAAAAAAAAAAAAUAUCAAUAACAGUUUAUAACAGGGACUGUUGUCUGUUAUUCUAAAAUAAUGUGUUACCUAUUGGCAUAAUAUUUACACAGAACGUUCGCUGAUGAAUGGAUAUUUUUCUCAAUAAAUCAAAACAAUAUAUCCCCAUAGUUUGUAAAAUAAAAAUAAAUGCUAUUGUUCUAUAGUGUAUUCAAGGAGAUAAUAUUAGGCAUCUAAAUAUAUAAAUAUAAUUAUAUUAUAAUAGAAUCACAUGCAGUAAUGAUCUCAUUAUUGAAGAAUAUAUUGCACGAGAGACAGAACGGACGGGCUAUCGAGUUUCGAAUUCGUAGAAUUCGCCGUAUCAACAAAGUACUGUGACCAUGCUAAGCUACCAGCUAGUAUUAAUUGUUAUCGGUGUAUGGGUGUAGUAGUGUUGAUGUGUUUAUUUGUGAUUGAACAAUCGGGAGCUUAUCGUCUCGGAAGUGGCGCUGGGUCCGACAUCGGGUCAGUGCUCGCGUUCAUUUUAUUACCCAUAUCCAGUAGCUGUUCUUAAUAUACUCAGUUCGCGUCGCGUUCCUCACUAUCUAACAACGUCUGCAACAGCCGGCAAUAUGAAAGCCCUAUAUAUGUGUUUGUACAUUUCAUUGUUUACAAAUACACUGGCAAUUGAAACAGAUGUGCUGAAAGUUUUGAGCGUGGGGACGUCCAAUACUCAUGGACUGCAGCGAUUUGAGCGUUCACUGAAGGUGUAUAACCACAGCUAUGAGAUCCUGGGUCGAGGCAUCGAAUGGGAGGGUGGGGACAUGUCGGGCAGGGGAGGAGGACACAAGAUAGUCCUUUUAAAGGAGGCUGUUGAAGAAUUGUACAAAAACAACAAGGAUAAAAAUAUGAUCAUCAUGUUUUUGGACAGCUCUCACGGAGGCUGUAUGGACAGCUCAGCCGCUCACUCGUCGAACUGUUACGACGUGAUAGUGACCGGUGGACCCAAAGACAUCCUGGAUCGAUUCCUGAGGUCUGGCCAGCGGAUCUUGUUUGCUGCGGAGCCGUUCUGCUGGCCCGAAGCUUCUCUCGCCGACCGCUACCCGCCAGGAGGGGAACCCAGCCCUUACCUUAACUCUGGAGGCUUUAUCGGCCACCUGGAAGAAGUGUGGGAGCUGUUGAAUGCGAAGCCUGCGAAGAAGGCGGCGGAUGACCAGCUCCAUUAUACCCAAUUAUAUCUGGACCCGCAUCUGCGCAAAAAUUUGAGAAUCGGUCUCGAUCAUACGAGCUCUAUCUUCCAGAACCUCAACGGUGCCCUCUCUCUUACGGACAUCAUGCACAGGGCAAUGCAGGAAUCAGGACCACUUGCGGACGUGCAGUUACGGGUGAACGUGACGUGGCCGGUGGUGGACAACGUUAGCACUGGAACGAGGCCGCUCGUGCUGCACGGCAACGGGCCUGCCAAGUUUGCGCUCAACCGUCUCGGGAACUAUGUGGCUCAAGCCUGGUCUCCCACCGAAGGCUGCACGCUCUGCCAGGAAAAGAAACUCCACCUUGAGGAGGAAGAACUGCCCCAAGUGAUGCUGGGCGUGUUCAUCGAGCAGCCAACACCCUUCCUGGAGGAGUUCCUGAAUUCAAUCCUCGAUUUCGACUAUCCCAAAAACAAGAUCCAGCUGUUUCUUCACAACAACGUGGAGUACCACGAGGAGCAGGUUGAGAGUUGGUGGCAACAGACAAGCGCGUUCGCCGCAGCCAAGCGGGUGCGCUCCACUGACCUCACCAGAGAACGGGACGCGCGACGACUACUGCAUGAUCGGUGCGUGAAGAGCGCGUGCGAGUACAUGGUGAGCUUGGACAGCGUGGCGCGUCUGCAGCCCUCGACACUGCGAUAUCUAGUCUCGACCGGAUACGACGUGAUCGCGCCGCUGCUGGUCCGUCCCGAGCAAGCCUGGUCUAACUUCUGGGGCGCCGUGGGCUCUGACGGCUACUACGCCCGCUCGCCUGACUACAUGGACAUUGUCAACCGGAAUAUCAGAGGAAUAUGGAACGUGCCGUUUAUCACCCACUGCUACCUGGUGAAAAUGUCCGUGUUUCGCGAAGCCGGCCCUGAUAAAAUAUCGUACGGCAAAGCCGGUAUGGACUCCGAUAUGGCGUUCUGCGAGAGUCUUACGAACCUCGGUAUAUUCAUGCAUGUGAGCAAUGAGGAGGACUUCGGCCACCUGUUGAACCCGGAGUCGUUCGACAUCUCUCGCACGCACCCGGACAUCUACCAGGUCAUCGACAACAGGCAAGAGUGGGAGAAGCGGUACCUUCACCCACAAUACUGGGACAACCUGCAACCGUCGCGCAACCACAGCAUGCCGUGUCCGGAUGUUUACUGGUUCCCGCUCAUGUCAAUGCGCUUCUGCCAGGAGUGGAUCGCAGUGAUGGAAGCUUUUGGCAAAUGGAGCGAUGGGUCCAACCAGGAUAACCGACUAGAGGGCGGCUACGAAGCGGUGCCGACGCGCGACAUCCACAUGAAGCAAGUGGGGCUGGAUAUCCAGUGGCUCUACAUCCUGCGCGAGUAUGUGCGGCCUCUGCAGGAGCUGGUCUUCACCGGCUACUACCACAACCCUCCGGUGUCGGUGAUGAACUUUGUGGUUCGCUACCGGCCCGACGAGCAACCAUCUCUUCGGCCCCAUCACGACUCUUCGACUUAUACCAUCAACCUGGCGCUAAACACUCCCGGGGUGGAUUAUACUGGAGGUGGGUGCCGGUUUAUCCGGUACAACUGCUCGGUGCGCGACACCAAACCAGGCUGGAUACUGAUGCACCCGGGACGACUGACGCACUACCACGAGGGACUCCUGGUCAAAAGCGGCACUCGCUACAUCAUGAUCUCCUUCGUAGACCCAUAGGCGACCCAACCACAACCUACACCUUACCAUAACACACUUUAAAUGGAUCACCUUUAUGGGAAUAAACGGAAAAGUAGAUAUACUAAUGGGCAUAUUGACAGAAACACAAUUAAAGAUUCCGUUUUGUAAAUGCGGUCAAAAAGAUUUUGAAAAAUAUUAGUACUUAUAAUCAUAUCUAAUCAUCGGAACUUUUUUUGGCAGUGUACAUUUGAAUAAUCAAGCCAUUUUAUAAGGUCUCCAUCUUUAUAAAUACUAUUUCCUCAUUUGAUUACUGCUUACAGUUAUAAAGUGACGUCACGAGCAGUCGCCAUGACAGUCGAUUUUUAUUUGUAACAAAUCCUUUAUUUUCCGAACAAGUUGAUAAAUUAUUGGAGUAAAACGAUUCUUUCCACAAAAAGUAGAAAUAUUAUUGAACAAUAUUCAAAUUCACUUUACGAUAUGUGAUGUGACUCGGAUCUUAUCGUACUGGAUCUGUCACCUGUGUACUAAACCCCAGUAACCACACAUUUCAAACAUUUAAUAUUGAGUAUCAUUGCUGCCUACAUCUGUUGUAGAGUUUGUUAAGAUACAUCUUUAGUACUACGUAUUACACGAUUGUUAUAACGCCAUCUGGUGGUGGAGGUUACAUAUUAUAUUAAUUUCUAUUUAUAAGUUGUUUGUUACUGUGACAAGUGUCAAGAGCAAAGUACUGAGACUUAUAAGUCUUAUCCAGUACAUAAUGAUUAAUUAUAAAUAUUUUGAAUAUGUACGUAUAAUAGGUUAGUUAUUUUUUUUAUAAAAUAAGUUAUGCAAAACUAAUAUAAUUAUGUUUUAAUUAAAUAUAUAUUCUUUAUAAAUAUUAUUUAGUACACACUAAUGUAGUAUGAGAUUCGUAGUAUUACUUCAGUGCAUUUAUAAACACAGUUUUCUAUGAAUUUUGAAUCUCGUGUUAGUCUUGUUUGUAUCUCUAUAAGUCAACAACUCGUCAACUUCGAAUAAAUGAAUAAUUGCUUUUA